AUGCAAGCAUCAGACGUAAUUCGUAAUAUUGUCGAUGCUUCUCAAAAUGAAAAUCAGGUAGUUUUAUCUAGCAAAAGUCUCGAUAAUUUACGAAAGUUUCUUUUUAUUAUGAACUAUCGAAGACCUCAUCGACAGUCUCAAUUUAUAAAUCAAGAUUUUGAUCUCAGAACUUGGCCAUUAAUAAUAAAAUUUAUGCAAGAUUAUAAAAUACAACAUACUCGAGAAGUUUGGCUACAAAAUAUUCGUGAAAUACUAGAUACUGCAAAUAAAGAUAUUAGAAACAAUUUAAAAAUAUUUAGUCCUGAUAGGAAUGAUUACAUGGAUUUCAUGAUGGAUCGUUUUCUUGUAAUUUGGCAAGCAGGAGAAAAUGAUGAGUUUAUUACAACUAGUAACGGAUUUGGAAUCUAUGACGGAAUGAAUGGGUUCUUACCAUUUUCUAAAGGUCAUUAUGCCAUCCGUUACUAUUAUGUUAUUUCUCCAAAGCUAGUAUUGGUUCUUUGCUCAACUCUUUUACGAGAAGAAUUUCGAAAGAGUAGACCUCAUUCUAGUUUCUUUAAUGAUGUUCCUCAUCCGGAAAUACCGAAAUUAGUUAAAAUAAAUAAUGAGAAUGAUUGUAGCACUAAUGGAAAUCAACCCACAUUUAUUGAUUCAAUUCUAAAUUCUCUAGGUUUCAAAAUUGAGAAGUGUGACACACUUAUUUUUCCCAUAGUUAAAGUUAAUUCGACAACUGUUCACUUAGUGAAUACUAUCAUACUUAAUGAAACUGAACCAGAUGAAGUUUUUUCGUUCCGUUCUCAUUCAAAUCUAUAUAAAUCAAUUGUUAAAUAUCAUAAUAGCAAAGAUCUCGAUAUAAUAAAGCAAGAUCACACAAGUUUGAAAAAAAAAUUAUUCAUUGUUUUAAACAGAACUCACCAAGAAAACUUAAGUCUCCGGAAAACUCUUUCUGCUAACUAUAGAUCUAAUUGGAAAGAUUGUAAGAUAUUACAAAAUUCAGAUCCUAAGAGACAAGACCAGCUACGAAAUAAUGUUACAGAAAUACUUCAGAAUUCUAAUCAUGAUCUUAAGGUACGAGACCAACUCCGAGAUAAUCUUACCGAGAUUGUUCAGGAUUCUGAUCCUGUUCCUGAUCCUGAGGUGCGAGACCAACUACGAGAUAGUCUCACAGGAAUAGACAAAUUGCAUGAUAAUUUCACCAAUAUAUUUCAGAAUUCUGACCCUGAAGAGCGAGACGAACUACAGGACAAUCUUGCCGAUCAGGACUUAAAACUGUUGAUGGAUGAAUUUUACAAAUUAACGAUGGCCUCGCCUAAUCCAGCGAUCCGUCGUUGGGCUAUUCAGGAAGAUGUGAUGCGAAAAAAGGGAUUAGAGCUUAAUCGUAAAGUAAAUAACAAAGAAUGGCCUAACCCAUAUGCACAGUGCCUGUAUAAAGGACCAUUUGACAAAGCUAAAAUACCGGUCGCCAAUUGUAGAUGUAACUCAUGCGUUAUCUACCGUAAAUUUAACGCCCAAUUAAAUAAAGAUUUGAUGACUGGCAUAAUUAAAGAGCAACAGAGACUGUAUAAAGUCCCUAAAACCUUGGAACCGAAUAGAAAUUUUCUAAUUGAAAUGUAUUUUCUUAAAGAUUUAGCAUCAGGUAGCAAUUUCUCGAUGGGUAACUGUGCAUCAAUUUUUAAUUUGUUGCGUAGAGAUUGGAUGAUCACUGAACAUUUCGUAAAGGCCAAAGACCUGUUUGCCCGAUAUCCUUUCCCUGAAUCUGCAAUGAUUCGCAUUUCAUAUAAAAUACUUUACAAAAAGUAUUUACACGUCUAUGCUUUAGGUUUUCAUGAAAGUUUUGGAGAUCCCGCAUUAUGUGAGCUUACAACUACUUUAGCUGAUUUUAAAAGGCGUUUUCAGAAUAGGCCGUAG